CCCUUCGCCGAUAAGAGUCGCGUCGUGUCCCCGAUCCUUGCUAGGGUUUCCUCCGCGGAUCGUGGCCCCGAAAUUGGCCACCGGUGAAUUUCUACGGGAGGUAUCUUGAUACCUCUUCUCACUUCUUUCUCACAAAUCUCGAGAUUGGUCGUCCACCAAUCUCGUUUCUCCAUCCGAUUGCACGUACACGAAAUAAAUAUUUGGUGUACGCAAGACGUGGAACGCGAAGAGGAGGGACGAUUCGAUAGGAAUAUUCGUAGAUCCCGAUCGAGAAUCUCCCCUUCCGAUGAUCCUCGUUCGAGGAUCGAGGCGACUGUCGCAGAUCGACGUAACGCGCACCGGCCACCGACUUUGAUGGAUAUUCGAGGGAAGUUGCGGCUGAUGCGGCUGGUGGGCCGAUAAGCUGGCCGCGGUGUCGCGAUAAGGAAUUCUGGAGUGGUUCACGAGGGGAUUCGGAGAGCUGCACGAUUGGACAAAGAGGAUCGGACACGGUAGAAUGUGCAGCUGAUCGGAAUGAAGAGACACUCUCUGCUGAUAUUAUGCUACUACCUGUGCACGCUCUUUGACAUGGCGGCCCUACACUUUCCCGAGGAAAUAUGCGAACCGGUACUUUCCACGGAGGUCGAAGGCUGGCAUAUUAAAGUCGAUAGCCUAUCGUCCAGUACGUUUCGACUUUCGGCGAGAAAGCGAGGGUACCGUUUUUUUCCCAAGAUCGAAAGGGAGUCGGAUCUCGAGUACGGGAGAAAGGAGUCCUCUUUGUCUCUCAAGGACAUCCUCCCUUUGAACCCGAAGCUGUACGACAAGCACAGGGCGCCCAAGUUCCUGGGCCAGCCUACCAUCGUCUACUUCCACGUGACGGUGCUCAGCAUCGACUCCAUAAACGAGGAAUCCAUGACGUACGUUGCGGAUAUAUUUCUGGCGCAAAGUUGGCGGGAUUCUAGACUACGACUUCCGGAGAACAUGUCCGAGGAUUACAGAAUAUUGGACGUAGACUGGCUGCACAAUAUCUGGAGGCCUGAUUGCUUCUUCAAGAACGCGAAGAAGGUCACCUUCCACGAGAUGUCGAUACCGAAUCAUUAUCUUUGGUUGUAUCACGACAAAACCUUGCUUUACAUGUCGAAAUUGACACUCGUCCUCUCCUGCGCGAUGAAGUUCGAGUCCUACCCCCACGAUACUCAAAUUUGCUCAAUGAUGAUCGAAAGUUUGUCGCACACCACCCAGGAUCUGGUGUUCAUAUGGAACAUGACCGACCCCCUGGUGGUGAAUCCAGAGAUCGAGCUACCCCAGCUGGACAUCUCGAACAAUUACACGACCGACUGCACGAUCGAAUACUCGACAGGCAACUUCACCUGCAUCCAGAUAGUGUUCAACCUUCGGCGCAGGCUCGGUUAUCACCUGUUCCACACGUACAUACCGUCCGCGCUGAUCGUGGUCAUGUCCUGGAUCGCGUUCUGGAUCAAACCCGAGGCGAUCCCGGCCCGGGUCACCCUCGGUGUGACGUCACUGCUGACCCUCGCGACUCAGAACACGCAGUCUCAGCAAUCACUGCCGCCCGUCUCCUACGUGAAGGCCAUCGACGUGUGGAUGUCCUCGUGCAGCGUGUUCGUGUUCCUCUCGCUCAUGGAAUUCGCCGUGGUGAACAAUUACAUGGGGCCGGUUGCCACCAAGGCGAUGAAGGGCUACUCGGACGAAGAUCUGAGAGAAGCCAUCGACGAGUUCAAAACACCUAUGAGGAACGAUUCGGAGAGGAACAGAAGCCCGGUCAGGCCCGCGACCGUUCAAUACGACACCUGCUGCCAGGGUCGAGCGACUGCGAUCUACAUCGACAAGGUGUCCAGAUUCUUCUUUCCGUUCUCCUUCCUCAUCUUGAACGUGGUCUACUGGAGCACCUUCCUGUAGAACGUCUGUCUGAAUCAAGGAUGCAAGAAACGACGCGAGGAGGAAUCGUUGGAUCCGUUCGAUCGACCUGUCUCUGCAAACUAUUGCCUCUCGUUUCGAUCUUUGCCGUCUUCGGCGAUUAGAAUUGAUUGUGUGCAAAUCGCAGCAAUCAACACAAGGAAAAUAAGUGAGGUGUUCCUUCUUGAAGAAUAAUCGAUAAUCGCUCCGUGGGAACGAGCGAUUAAGCAAAGAAUCGAACGAAACGAAGGCGGUUUUUCUAUUCGAAUCUGCUAGAAGAAUUUCCAGCGCCUUUUAUAUAUAAUUAUAUAGAGAAACACGCAACCGUCUACGAAAUGAUUAAUUAAUCGUAAUAUUUACCUGUUAAGAUUCGCGUUUAAGAUUA